AUGGCUGCACCACCGGAGGUCAACCUCGCAAACCUGUCUGGGAAAUGGGUCCUGAACCGUGGGCUGGCCGAUGACCCCGACCCAAUGCUGGCGUUUCAAGGUGUUCCUUGGUUGAAGCGCAAAGUCAUUUUGCUCGCCACGGUGACCUUGUCCGUCAAGGAGUAUGUUGACGACAAGAACAUCACACAUAUCGAUCUGGACCAGACCGCCUCGGGGGGCAUCCAGGGCACCAGUGAGCUGCGCAUCCUGGAUUGGAGUGAAACCAUCCACGAAGAUCACAUUUUCGGCACCAUGAAGAGCCGCAAUCGCUGGGUCGCCGAUCUCAAGUCCUGCGAGAGUGGGAAUGGAGGGCCCCUCGACCCGUACCUGACUGAGGGCUGGUUAGACGAGAAAGUUGGCCCGAAUGGGGAGGCAUUCGUCCAGAAUUGGGUGAGUAAUGAAGAACGAGGCUGGACGGCGGAGCAGAUAUGGGGAUUUACCAUGAUCAAGGGCAAGCGGUAUAAGACUAGGAAGAUCCUCGUCAAGAAGGGGGAUGAGAGAUUGACAGUUACCUUUGCGUAUGAUUGGAAGGGAAGGUCCAAGGCUUAG